AAAAAAAAAUUGAGAGAACUCAGGCUAACUCGGAUUUUUUUUUUUCCCAGUAACGAGCUCAUGUGUAAAAAUGGAACCCUAAACCAUUGUCUGCAAAAAACUUCGUCUUGCAAUUUGUAGUGUUUCCAUCACAUCGGAAAAUCUCUCCGGUGCGGUUGUAGCGUUUUGCUCUCCAUCACCUCCGAGUGAAAAAAUGUUGAAGUUCCUAUCAAAAGUGAAGAUCGAGUACAAUGCGCUGGACCCGCGAAUAGCAUCGUGUAUGGAGUUUAUGGCACAGUGCAACUCACGCAAGGCGAGGGAAUCAAACCCUGCGUGCCAGGUGGAGGUGAAGCGCCGAACCGACGAACACCCGCCGCAGAUCACGGUGACCUUCGUCAACGGCGUCGAGCAAGCCUUCGAUGCGACCUCAACCCCUGCACAGAGCAUAAGGACCAUGAUUCUUGAAAAAGGCCAAACCCUAGAGACCGAGCAGAUGUUCCGAGAAGCUGGUGAGUCAUGGCCCGUCAUCAUUCCCAAAGAAGAGCUAUCUCAUCCCGCACCUGGCGUCAAGCCCAGGAAAGCAGAGGAGAAGAAGCAAUAGUCAUGUAUUGUUGAACCUACCAACAGCCAGAAAAUGUUCCAAUUUUCUCACACAUUCUCUCAUUUCUUUUUGGCGGGGAGAUCACAUGACAUGAGAUCACGGCUGUUCUGUGCUUUGCUGUAUUUUAGAGUUGAAUUAUUGAUAUUGAUUAAACAAAUAUGCAUGUGACUCGUGUAAUAAUUAUUGUUUCUGAAUGCAAAAUUUUGAAACUGCAGUAAUUUCAUCCUAGAAUUUGUUUUGCUCA